AUGGCGGUGAGGGUGCUGGGAGCCACUGUUCUCCUCUGCAUGGCAGAUGUUCUCCAUGCUUUUGCCAUUGAAGAGAAAGGAGAUGUGUUCAACAGGAUGGCUUGUCCUGCUUUCCUGGUGUUCGUCAACACCGCUUACUUGGCCGGCAUGACCUUCGAGCUCCCCUGCAACUGCAAACCCAAAGAGGUCUCUUCUGUUGUCUGGUACUUCCAGAAGAACAUGGGCAGCCCAAAAACCACAGUCCUGACAGACUUUUCUGGCAAUGUGAUUGUUGACUCGAGUCGUAUCCGCACGGGCAGCGACAUUCUGAAGCGUUUCUCUAUCCGCAUGUUCAGUCUCAUUGUCUUCCAAGCCCAGGAGACAGACUCGGGCCACUACCUGUGUGGCACUAAGAAAGGGGACUUCUUUUACGGCUACGACGUGGACGUGCAGCCCAUCAAGAACAUGAGAGUGGCUUUCAUAGACAGAGACCAGCACGUCCAGGAUGACUCCACGGAGAAGCUCUUCAGCUUCUUCACCACCUUCUGGGACUGGACCAGAUGUGACCGCUGUGGGGUGAGAGGCGAGCAGCGGCGCAUAGGGCUCUGCUACGUGCGGAGCACCAAGCUGCACCCUCGCUAUCAAACUGCCGUGCCCAACGUCACGUCCUGUGGCUCGAAGGCUGUCCCUGCACAUUUGCGGCGGCCUGGCCACCUCCGGAGACCCGAGAUAGCCAUCCGGAGCUGCCUGACCCCUUGCCUGAAGAAGGAGGUCCCCAAGGAAGGCGUGCAGGCCAUUUCCAAUUUGAUUUCCAAGCUGGGUGCGAAGCCCUGGCUGCCCCGUGUCCCCACCCAGUUUCACAAGCAGCCCGUUGGAAGUGGCCUGGUCAUCACAUGCCCAGGAGCUCGACCUGAGCACGCCGUGGCCUGGGACAAGGAGUCCGUCCGGCUCUACCGCUCCCGUUACCUCAUCGGUGUCAACAAGAGCAUGCGGAUCUUCAUUGACCACGGGAACCACCUGCACAUCCAGCGGGUCCAGGUCAACGAUGAAGGCACCUACUUCUGCUGGCUGGAGGGCAAGAUGGUGGCCGGCUUGCGACUCAGCGUGUCCUUCCAGCGCCGGCGCUGGCGGACCUUCGAUGAUCCCGAGACCAUCUACGCUGUCAAGGUCAUCGGUUUAAGCUACCUCGUCAUCUGCGGGCUCUUCAUUGUCAUCCACGUGUGCCGCUCCUGCCGGUGGGUGUUGUGGUACCUUGCCAGGAGAUAG